CAGAAGAGCUGCCUCGCAACUGCAGCACGCCGGCCAUGAGGCUCGCCCAGCUGCUCGCCUGGAUGCUCCUGCCAGGCUGCUGGGCACUGACGGGGCCCCUCACCGUGCAGGGACACGCCGGGGGGUCCCUCUCGGUGUCCUGUGCAUAUGAGGAUGGCUUGGAGACCCAUGUGAAAUACUGGUGCAAACCAGGAACAAUUUUCACCUGCGCUUAUAACACUCACAUCAUUGAGACCUCGGAGCAGCACCCCGCAAUGCGAAACGGCCGAGUCUCCAUCUGGGACGAUCGCAGGCGGCGGGUGUUCACGGUGACCGUGAGGAACCUGAACGAGGGGGACACGGGCACCUACCGGUGUGGGGUGCAAAGGACACUUGUCGAUGACAGUCACAUGGUGUAUGUGCACGUGUCCCCAGCCUCCCCGCGCUCGACGACCCCUGCUGCCCUCCCACCCACCACCCCAUGGCCGCCUUCCCUGAGGAGCCCCGCAUGCCCCAGGCCCCCAGCGUCCCCGAGCAGCUCCCGCUACUUCCCCUUCGUGGCCGGGCUGCAGCUGCUGGCGCUGCUGGCCGGGAGCGGGGCCGUGCUCUGGGUGAGCGUCCGGCCGCGCUGA